UUACAAAUAAGGUAUUAUUUUUUUAUAGUAAAUGAAACUGAAACCAUUUAAAAGUCCAGACUUUGCGCCCAUAGAGCUGAUAGAACUUCAUGCUGUAGCUUUUUCAAAUAAAUAAUGAACUGUAUAUUUGUUUCUUUGCUACUCUUCACAAGUGCUUGCAAAUUUCACCAGCGGAUUGUGACACCGAGCAGGAGAGUUCCUUGCUAAUCGGCUAGAUAAGAGUGUUGCCUUCAGUUCUCUUACUAAAACUGAACCUCUUAGAGGUUUUGACGUCAUGUUGCUCUUGUGAAAUUGCAGGCGGUUGCUGAGUCAUUCGGGGAAUGUCGCUCGGCGCUUGCCGUUGCCGCUUUUUUAUAUGUCCAACGCAACGCAUGCUCAGUUGGUUUUUGAACGGCUAAUGAAGUACAAGCAACGCGAUGUGUCCAGAUAUUGUCGACCAACAUGACGGGUCCUUUGGAUUUAGAUGGCAUCAGCAAGAUAGUUGGAAAACAAUUAGGCAGUCAUUAAUGCGUACUCUAGGGAAAGUGCAGCCACAGUCCAUUUCCAUUGUUCUAGAAAAAUGAACCUGACCAGCGAUUACGCUCAUAGGCGUAUGGUGAAAUUCCUGACGAUCACACUGAUAGUCUUUAUGACCGGGUUUGGACUUCUGGCCAAUCGCUAUCGUCAUGGAAGACGCGAAAGGUUCCGUUUCUCAAAGGCAUAUCUGGCCUACGCCAUGCUAUGGACCAUUACAUUUAGCUUGGUUUACGGAAGGCAGAUCUAUAAGGAAUACCUCCAAGGUCAAAUUAACCUGAAGGAUGCCAUCACUCUGUACAGCUAUAUGAAUAUUACCGUGGCUGUUAUUAACUUUGUGACGCAGAUGAUGCUGAGUAACCAUGUGGCUAAGAUGAUGAGUCGAGUGCCCUUCUUUGAUACCCUGAAGACACUCCGUCUGGACAGCAAGUCACUGUACAAGUCCGUAUCCGUGGCCUUUGUCAAGACUCUUUUUUUUCCUCUGACUCUCGAGGUGGCUUUUAUACUUCAGCAAAGGCGACAGCAUCCCGAGAUGAGUAUGAUCUGGACCUUUUACAGACUGUUUCCCUUGGUUAUUUCGAAUCUUUUAAACAAUUGUUACUACGGCGCUAUGGUGGUGGUGAAGGAGAUGCUUAAUGCAGUAAAUGCCAGCUUGGAAUCACAAUUACAUGAGGUAAAUCUGCUGCAGAGAAAGGAUCAGCUAAAGCUGUACAGUAAAUACUAUCGGAUGCAGCGAUUUUGCUUUUUGGCAGAUAAACUGGAUAAGCUGGCGCAUAGCUAUAGAUUGAUAUAUGUGCAUUCCGGAAAAUAUCUUACUCCAAUGGCCUUGUCCAUGAUCCUGUCUCUCGUCUGCCACCUGCUCGGUAUCACAGUGGGUUUCUACAGUCUGUACUAUGCCAUAGCGGACACCUUUAUCAUGGGCAAGCCUUACGAUGGCCUGGGAUCACUGAUCAACCUGGUGUUCCUGACCAUUUCGGUGGCGGAGAUCACGCUACUGUCGCACUUGUGCAACCAUCUGCUGAUCGCCACUCGGAAAUCUGCGAUUAUUCUCCAGGAGAUGAAUCUCCGGCAUGCAGACUGUCGCUACCGCCAAGCAGUCCAUGACUUCACUAUGCUAGUCACUGUGACCAAGUUCCAGAUUAAGCCUUUGGGCUUGUAUGAACUGGACAUGCAGCUGAUCAGCAAUGUGUUCACUGCGGUAUCUAGUUUUCUGUUGAUCCUGGUCCAGGCUGAUUUGACGCAACGUUUUAAGAUGUACUAAU